UUAAUAGGUGUUUCCCACAGAUCAGCAUAUGAACAAUUAUCUUGCAAAUUUGUGUGUGUUGAAGAACGAAACAAACAAGUAGCUGUUAAUUCACUUUGAGAGCCACUUGAUGAAAAAGUGUAGUCAGUGACUUCGCCACUUUUCUAUCUAACCCACACUGUCGAGUUUAGCUUGAAACGAAAGUGUUUUCACUUCGCACUAUUGAGUUCACAAAUUAGUUGUAUUUUUACACGUUAGUGUAACAUUGUGUUUCCUUUUCACUAGCCGAAGGAUUAUUUUGUGUGUGUGUAAAUAUUCAAACGAAAGUCACAUGAAAAGACGACUCCUAAAAUAUGACUUGUUUUAGCAUUUUUAUGUUUAUUGUGUCAAUGGUUCUCAAUGAAACUACGUGUGCGUCGGUCACUUCGUACGUUGCCCAGGAUGUUAUUGCCACUGCUUUGUUCAAUACAAAUGACGGGACGCUCAUCAUUGGGCAUGCAAAUGUUGUCAGUAUAUUGACGGCCGACUUAAAGUUAAUCACAAACGUAUCGCUUGGCAAUCGGACUGAAAUGGAAGAAUGUCAAUAUCCAGAGUUUAAACCGUGUGAUAAUUACAACAACAGCAUAACUCUUUUGUUGCAGUUGACUACGGAACCACAACGCACAUUCGUAGUUUGUUUAGCGCGUGGGCAGACUAUUUGCUAUACGCUGUCAGUAGAUACUGGAAAUAAUAUAACAACGAGACGAAUGGCAGGACAUAUGGGUGAAUUCAACGGCACCAACGCACGAUCGGUUUAUUAUUCCUUCCAAAAUUCUUCAUCAGAAUUCGAUAUGGUUUUGGCCAAAGACGUUGACCUUUCGUCUUUCUCUUCUGGCAGAGAAUCAGUGGUUUUUGAAAAACGAAACAUCCUUUAUCAUCCAAAUGACAACAGUUUGGCAGCGACUAUUUCAGAAAGGUCGCCACAAAGGUUGCUAUUGAAAUUGCACGCAUCGUUCGAUUUCAAAGUUUUAAAUAGUUUUAGCGAAGAUAAAAACAUUUUCGUUUUAGUGAAAUACCGAACAAAAGUAUAUGUAUUGGACAUGUGGGUGUUUUCUUUUAUACAAUUAAACGCAACAACGGGGAGUCUUUACGAGAUGCCAAUUGCUGUAGAGCACGGAGUCACGUUAGAGAAAGCACACGUGUUAGUUGAAAAUACCAAACGGAUACUAUACAUCUUGGGAAGUCGUGCGCUUCAGGGCAAACAACAAGGUUUUAUUGUAUACAAAAUGGAGGUCGAACAUUUGGAAACGGAGUUGAAUAUGAUCGGAUAUCGUUGUCGCCAAGAACCGUUCAGUGGCUCUUCGCCAUAUUGGAUUGACAAAAUUCCAGCCUGCACAAUUAGUACGACACAUGUUUGCACAUGCAUGUUGCUGCGGGAGCACACAUUGGUGACGUCACCUCGUUUGCUGGAUCUUCAACCGGUUACGUUUCCGUUCACACUCAGUGAUGGCGUUUUUGAUUUCAUUUGUAGCGUUCAGCGCGAGAUAGUCGUUAUGUUCAUACUUGGAAAAAACACUAUUCAGAAGAUGACGCUCGGGUUAUUCCCCGAUAGUAUUGCUACGUAUAGCUUGCGCAAUACGGGAGUUUCCCAAGGAAGGAGUUUCAUUUGGGCGUUGCAGGACAGGCUUUAUGUCCGCCAGAGUUCUGAGAUCUCCAUAUUGAACACAACAACUUGCGGACACAAUGAAAACAUCGAGUCUUGUUUACGCGAUACUAAUGGUUGUGUCUGGUGUAUGCCGGGACAAUGUGCGACCAGGACAGCGUGUAGGCUUGAGUCCAUCAUCGAACAUGGUACGCCGCCACAGGUCUCUGCAAUCGUAUGUCCACAUUCCCUGAUGUCCGGAGCUCUUGUAGUUGUACAUGGACAGAAUCUUGACAUGGCAAGAAAUAUAACCGUCACAGUAGCGGACCGACAUUGUCAAAUGAAGAGAGAAAGUCUUAGCUCAACUAAAGUGAUGUUUGUUGUUCAAGACGUCAUAUUCACCACAAUGCCUGAGUUGGUGGCUGUGCAGGCUUACGUUGACGAAGUUACUUUUAAUACCAGUUGUAACGCCUUCGCCGGCAGCGUAACAAUAUCCAACAAAAAUCUGGCGUCUAUAGCAAGCGGCGGUACACUUCUGAAUAUUUCUGGCGAUCAAGUGGAAACCUUGGACGGUGUAUACCCCAUAUACAUUGAUCAGAACGGCAAUGUUGUGGCAAAGGGGUAUAAGCCAUGUAGUUCGUCGUAUACGGGCGUCCUCUAUUGCCGAUCUCCGCAAGCACAGAUGCGAAGUCAGUUACAGUUGCUUAUUGACUACUCAUCAUUAACUGUCCGAUUUACUUCUGAAUCCGUGUUAUCUGCCCAUAUAAGCCUGCUUCAAGAUGUUAGAACGGAGGUCAACAUUCUCGAAGACCCUGUCGUUCAUGGAUUCCAAGGGCCGGACGGACUGACGGUGACCGCGCACAUUGCAAUCGACACAACGACAGCAGUGUUUAUUUUACAGGGACGAGGAUUUCAAAAUGUGGACUUCAGUGAAAUAAAAGUUAUGAUGUACAAGAUCGGGGCAGCCAAUUGUUCUUUGGUAACGGACGCCAUCAUAAACUGUUCCUUAGCAACGCAUUUGUUGCGGGCAUUUGAUAGGCACUCGGUCCUUGAAAAGAUUUAUGUCACGGUUUCGAUAGGCGACAACCUUAUUUUCCAUCCCGGAUAUCUGCAUACCUACGACGGUCGCCACUCGACCACGACUGUUUUACCGCCUUCUUAUGCUGAUGUGAACGUCUCGACCGCAGAGAUCCUGACGCCUGAGGGUCAAUCAAGCAAAGGCGUAGUCGCCGCAGUUGUUGUAGUGGCUACAGUUGUUUUUAUCACGGGCAUUAUGGUUUUGGUAGUGCGUCGAUUGAUCCGUAAUAAGAAGCAGUUCAUACCAGGUCUGGACAGGGAACGCUCGUCUGUGGUGAGUUACCGAGGUGCGCGCGUAUACAUCGGUGACGUCAGCGGUCAGUUCUCGUCCAGCAUCUCCGAGAGUUCAGUGGAGGAUAAUCUUCUAAGUACACGUGAUGAGACGACCGCGGGUCUGCUGCAGAGGUUUGAAGACGAUGGGCUGCUCGUGAAGAGAAGCAUCCUAUCGCUGGAGAAGAUGCUUGGAAAAGGCCAUUUCGGCUCGGUGUUCAAAGGCUCGAUGCUUGUUGGUGAAGAGAAAAUUCCCGUUGCAGUAAAGACUCUAAACAAAAACGAUAACAGAGACAUGGACGUCCCGCAGUUUCUCAAAGAGGCGUACGUGAUGACGAACUUUUACCAUGACAACGUGAUGCGGUUGCUAGGCAUCUGCAUGGACCGCGAGGAGACGCCACUCGUCAUCCUUCCGUACAUGCAGCACGGCGACCUAUUGUCCUACUUACGCGAAGAGAAACAUAUCCCAACGGUGAAGGACUUAGUGAUGUUCGGCCUUGACAUUGCGCAGGGUAUGGAAUACCUAGCGGAGUUGAAGUUCGUACACAGGGACUUGGCCGCCAGAAACUGCAUGCUUGACAACCGUACAGUGAAGGUUGCAGAUUUCGGUUUGUCCCGUGACAUUUACGAGUCUACGUACUACAGCAGCCAGACGAAGGGAACCAAGCUUCCCGUGAAAUGGAUGGCUCUAGAAAGUAUCGCCACCGGAGUGUUCAACGAGAAAACAGACGUGUGGUCAUUCGGGGUGACCCUUUGGGAGCUGAUGACGCGAGGCGUUCUGCCGUACGCCACCGUGGACAACUGGGACAUGGAGCGGUACCUAAAGUCUGGCCGUCGACUCCCUCAACCUAUGUAUUCCCCUACGCAAUUAUUCCGCCUGAUGCGCAGAUGCUGGCUGGUUGACCCCCAGGACAGGCCGAGCUUUAGCGAGCUUCGUGAGUGCAUCGCCGCCAUGCUGGAGAGGGUGCACCUACAGCUGGGGAGGGCGGACCGGAUGAACAUUGCCACGUUGUACGUCAACGUGUCCAUGGGCACAGAGUGUCUCUACGAGAACCAGGACAUGUUUGAGAGGACCAUGCAGUGACAUCUUGUAUUCAAGUUAAUCAAGAAAGUCAUGCUCUUGGACAACGGUGCUAAAUGCAUGUGCGUAAAGUGUCGUCCCAGAUUAGCCUGCCCAGUCCGCACACAGGGUUACCAGGGACACCACUUUCCGUCUUAACUGGAUAUUUGCUAAGAAGAAACUUCCUUGACAGGAAAAAUACAAUAAAAGCGGAAAGUGUCGUCCCUGAUUAGCAUGUGCGGACUGCACAUGGAACGAUAUUUUACGCAUAUGCAUUAAGUCCUGUUUUCCAAGACCGAGGCUCAGUUAUAUUCUAUUGCGGAGACAUGCGAAAAUCCGUAUGUCAAAGUGUAAGCAUCUUGUUAGAAAGUGGAGCCCAGUGUGGUUAGACAGUGAUCACGAGGAUCUGGCAAAGCGGCCAAUAUGAUCAACGGGAAAGUCUCAAAUGCUUAAAAUAUAAGUGUGUUUGAAUAUGCAUAUAUGUUGCAUCGGAUAGUAAAACGAACAAAUCCUGAAUGUGGAUAAGCACAAAAUAGUAUGUUGUACUAGACAGUUGGUUCAAUAGCAUCGAAGUAACGCUAUAACAACGACAACGAACGACGAAUAACAUUUACAAGUGGAAACCCGAUUGUAAUUAACAUGCUACAAGGGCUUUAUACCAUGACUUGAACUCAAUAUGGAAAACGUAUAUCCAUAUGGCCGUGUAAAAAUAACUUAAAACUAGUUAAACUGAGCGAUAGAAAAUACAAUGCACGUGUAUACUGUCAUUAUGUUUAUUAAAGCUUAAACACGGAUGUUAAAUUAUAAUUACGUUCUCAUCGAUAUGUUUUAUUAGAUCUGGAUAACUUAUUGAUCAUCAAAUUGAUAUGCCAUCAAAUAUGAAGAGCCUUUGAUGACAAAUGAAGCACUUGCAUUGCCUUUAAUGACAUUUCAAAGGCCUUUGAUCGACUAUUGAAAAUGGCUUAGUUUUAAAUGUCGACAAUAUAUUAUAUAUCGAUAUAUAAUAUCUUAAUGUGGCUUUCUACCUAUUUAUCUGGCCGCAUAUGGCAUAAGACCCAUUUUCGCAUGAGUCGACGCAGGUCAUAUGUAGAAAACAUAGUUUUAAUGUUUGUACAGGCAUGUAUACGAGAGUAAACAUGUCUAUUUCAUAUUUUUAUUUUAAAAAUCUUACUGUUAAGCAUAUUUAACCGUCGUAAUAAAAUUAUAAUUACA